AAAAGCAGAGCACAAAUUCCAAGUAUGGGUCUGUUCAUUCAAUCAUUCAUAUAUUUUAGAAUAAAAUAACACACACAGUGUUUGACUCUGCCUAUUGAAAUACUCUUUUAAUGUCAUAAAUAUGACACACUUGAGCUUUAAUGCCAUCUUAAUGUCCGCUAUUGAUCAUUUGUGUCUUUCAUACCCAGGUCUGCCCUUUGGCAGGUUGUUGCCUUGUUCAGCCCAUCUGCCACUGGGACAGGCUCACAGUGAAGCAGCAUGUCCAGUGGGAAUGAGUCCUGUCUGUUUGAGAACGGAUCCGUCAGCUUCCUCUCCUGCUUGCUUCAUGUAUGGGAGGAGUGGGCAGGGCUCGGGCAGCUCGAGGACUACCUCAGUUUCUUGGAGUAUCUGCUCUGGGUUUUCACACCUCUAGCCAUAGUCUUCAUUCUGCCUUUUCUCAUAGUUAUCUUCCUCUAUCUGUCCAUACUCUUUCUACACGUGUACAAACGUAAGAACCAGCUGAGGGAAGCUUAUUCCUAUAACCUGUGGGAUGGUGCAAGAAAAACUCUGGCAACCCUGUGGGAUGGACAUGGAGCUAUUUGGCACGGUUAUGAAAUCCAUGGUUUAGAAAAGAUUCCAGAUGAAGGACCUGCUCUCAUAGUCUACUAUCAUGGAGCUAUUCCUAUAGACUACUAUUAUUUCCUGGCAAGUGUUAUCAUUCAAAAGGGAAGAACUUGUCAUUCGGUGGCUGAUCAUUUUCUGUUCAAGGUCCCAGGGUUUAAGCUCCUCUUAGAGGUGUUUAGUGUGAUCCAUGGGCCACAGGAGGAGUGUGUGAAGGCCCUGCGCAACGGCCACCUCCUGGGCAUCUCUCCUGGAGGAGUACGAGAGGCCCUGUUCAGCGAUGAGACGUACCCUCUGCUCUGGGGCAAACGCAAAGGAUUUGCACAAGUGGCCAUUGACUCUAAAGUGCCAGUUAUACCCAUGUUUACUCAAAACCUGAGGGAGGGAUUUCGCUCUCUUGGGACAUUAAGGUUUUAUCGCUGGGUGUAUGAGAAGUUUCGCCUACCGAUAGCACCCAUUUAUGGAGGAUUUCCAGUCAAAUUUCGCACCUACUUGGGUGACCCAAUUCCAUAUGACCCCAAACUCAAUGCAGCUGAGCUGGCUGAAAAGGUGCAACAGGCAGUUCAAGCACUUAUCGACAAACACCAGAAGAUACCUGGAAACAUCCUCCGAGCUCUUCUAGAGCGAUUCCAAAGGGAACACAAAGAAGAUUAGCACUCUUGCCUUCUCUCAGACUGAACAAAUAAAUAUGCUUCAAGCAUAGUUUAAUGGAAUACUGGAGAUUUCAUAAUAAUGUUACAUCAUGAGGUUAGCAUGAUGUUGCAUAUCAAAUAAUGGUGCGUAUCUUUUGUAACGUCUUUUUAAAUGUAGUCUUGUGCAUGUUGAAGAGUGUGUGUUUUUGUGAACUUUUAUUUUUAGUUUAAGUCUUCAACUUAUUUGCACACUUUGAUUUUAAUUAAAGGACCACUGCCAAAAUAGUUUCCACAGAGCCUUUGGUUAGUGUUUUUUUUAAGCAUCCUUUUAAGAAUAUAGCAUUCUGGAAAUUGAUUAUAUUUAUCUAUCUGAAGGAAAAUUGAGCAUACUGUGAUUUUUGGGAUGUUUUAAGCACACUGAAUAAUAAUGAUAAGAGAUAUAUGCUUGAAUAUUUGUUGUUUGAUGUUGAAUACUUACAGUCUAAUGUCUCUGUAUUAACUCUCAGAGAUAAACUGCUGUCUAUUUAAGCAUCAGUUGAUAUUGGUUUGUCCCACUCUCAGAGCUAUAUAUAUAUAUAUAAGAAGUAUGCAACUGCUAAUGAUUUUAUUCAGAUGACAAAGCAUACAGGUUUUUUUACCAUUCCUGAAAUGUAUUGAUUUACUAGUUCAUUACAUCAAGGCUGUUCAAAUCUAAUAAGUAGUCAAAUUUGAUCAGUGUGAAAAUAAUGGCUGUAAAUGUGUGAUUUUCUAAAAGAUUAUAUAAAAAAAAAAAAAAAAAAAAAAGAAAUAUUCCAAUGGAUUCAGUGUUGGUAGAACAGUUUUAAUGCACUCUUGUGCUCAGUAAACCACUCUUCGAUGAUCCUUUGGGAGACAAUAUCUUGUGUGUGACAGAUCAAAUGCCAGCAUGAGCACGGUCUUCGUCACCUUGUCCUGCGAUCUCUGUGCACAUCCGGGGUGUUUGGUGUAUGAUAUGCAAAUGCACCAGUGUUGCUAUUUAUAAAUCUGUUUGGUAUUAACUUACAGCAUUUGUGCAUCCAUUGUAAAUCCCCUCCCCCAAAAAAUCACUUGGAAAAAUAAAAAUAAAAAGUAUUUUUUUUGGAA